AUGGCAGCAAGCGGGGGAAACUUCUCUUGGGCAGGCAACAGCAAAAGAGUUACAGCCGAUGCAGCUGGGGUCACCUUACCCCACCCUCUUUCCAACCUCAAUCUUCUAGAUCUCUCAGCUCUAUCUCAGCUCGACGAUGAUGUUCUUACGCAGGAGAUCAAGAGGCUCGCGGUCUUGCCUACACUGGCUCUCGCAUCUGAGGAUCUCAAUAACGCCGCUGGUGGCGUUGCCUGCAGUGCACCCGAAGCCGCUCCUCUUGCUGGGGGCGUAGGCUGCAGUGCACGUGAGGCUGCUCCUCUCGCUGGCGGCGUCGGCUACAGUGCACGUGAGGCUGCUCCUCUCGCUGGCGGCGGAGGCUGCAGUGCUCGUGAGGCCGCUCCUCUUGCUGGCGGCGUAGGCUGCAGUGCUCGUGAGGCCGCUCCUCUCGCUGGCGGUGUAGGUUGCAGUGCUCGUGAGGCCGCUCCUCUUGCUGGCGGCGUAGUCUGCAGUGCACCUGAGGCUGCUACCCGAGCUUUCCCUGCACCCGCCUCUGCUGUCGGGGUGUACGCUAUGGGUCCGAUGAUGACAGCAGUCAUGGAGGCUGCUGAGGAGAGAGGCGCAAUUCCGUUCGGCGAUUUCGGCAUUGAGGCUUGUAGCGAUGACGACGAGCUCAACGACGACGAUGCGGAUGAUGCUGUCGUUGCUGGUGCGCACCAUUUCAAGGAAGCACGACAACUGGAGGCGCAACUACGUGACCUGCAGAACACGGUGUCUGUGCUUCAAGCUCAGCUGCAGGAGGCAAGGACCAAGAUCAAGACGGUGGAGGCUGAACGUGGCCGUCUGAAAGUGCAGCUGGAGUCGAUGCAGCGACAGCUUUCCGCGGAAGUCGCUGGAACGAGCACGGACAUGGAUGCGGUUCCGGACCCUUCUGACCCACAUGUCCGAAUGGAGAACGUCCGUAAGGACGGUGCCUUAAACCCGAUCAUUCCGUCAUCGCUCAGCAGCGAUGAUGCGUUCGAUGAAAUGGUGGGUAAAACCUUCGCCUGGCUCAUCACUCUUGCCCCUGCAGGAGACAUGGAGUUCUAUCCACUGUGGGAAGAGUUCCAGCCGCAUUUGGUGCGCAAGUACAUAGCUGAGGGGACCGCACAAGAUGAAAACUACCUCUUCAUGGGCGGGAACAACAAGCGCAUUGAACGGGCGCUGAAGGUGAUUGGCUGCAAACGUGCGAACAUGAACAAGCCGAUCAAGCUCUGGGCGUGGGGUGCUGGAGGCGUCAUUAACAAGGAAAAGUGGUUCCUCUUGAAUGUUGGUGGCAUCAUUCCAACACAGGCGCGUGAUGAGAAGGAGUGGGUCGAGAAGUUUAAACAUCGUGAGUAUUCUGUUCGGUUGAAACCUCCACACCUUGAUGGUAUGCUAUAG